AUGUCGGCCGGGUACCCGCAGUUUUCUCCCGGGACUGGCUAUUUCAGCCCUGGCCAACGAGUUAGUAUGGAUCCAGAGGAUUACAAAAUCACCUUGACGAGGAGGUUUGAUGGUAGCUUCGAAUGGAGUCCUGAGGAAGGAAGUGUGGCAUUGAUCAACGCACUCAACUUUAAUUACCCAGAAGGCUCGACAAUUGAUCAGAAGAAGCAAAAGGCGAUACUCAAGAAACUAAAUGAAGAGAUGAUGGAAAACAGCUUACUCAACUCCAACUCUCCAGGAAUGCAAGUUGCAACUCAGCAGCGUCCAAGUUUCUCGUCUGCAUCUGGAACAACGCUGUACACCGUGAAUAAUAACCCCUCUCCUUCUCAUUCGGAUCCCUUGCCCAGAACCACAACACCACCGACGAGUGUUAAAAAGGAAGAGAAACUCACCCAAAGCGCUGGUGCGGGGCGAAAGCCAAAGAUCGAAGCAUACAAACAUGUGUUUCCUUCGACUCAGGGCGGCUCAAUGACAAAAGGAAGGAAAGGUCCGCUGGGCGAGAAAUCGAAAGCAGACGCGAAGAGAAACAGGAAGGCAGGAGCUGUUUGUGCUUAUCACCGCAAGCAAAGAACAAAGUGUGAUCCAGAAAAAUGCAAAGACAAUGCUUUGCACGUUUCAAAUAUUCAAGCACAACCUGUCAAAGUAGAACACAGUCGGACUCCAAGUAAUGUCAGUCAGCCAAGUUAUGGGGUACCAAGUACAGGUGGACCAUCACCCGGAUUUGGAGGCCCUCGAACUCCUGCCCAAAGUAGCAUUUACCCUGGAGCAAGUCCACCACCUUUUGGUCAACUUGGUCCGAAUACGUACGGUCAAUUCAGUCCUGGUUUCCCGUUCUCGAAUGCAAGUCCUCCGAUGACCUUGUCAUAUCCGUAUACGGGAUUCAUGCCGCCGCCACAGAUUAGAAGCUCGGCUAGCAGCAUAGCUGAGCCAUAUGGUGGUUACGGCGCCAAAUUCAGCCCAGAAAUACCUAUGUCAAGUGCGACCAACCCUACUGGACAGGUCUUUGCCACUGCUCCUUUGGAGAAUCUCUCCCAGGAUCCAGCUAUUUUCCCAAAUAACGGAGCGUCUUAUCAGACCUUUGGACUAUCGCCUAGACAGGAAUCUUAUCACUCACAUGGCAGUGCUAACGAAUACUUUAAUCACGAUAUCAUCUACAACAACGAGUACAAUUUCCAUAACGAGACUAUUUUCACAAACGUCAAUGAAGAGAUUCCAGAUGACCUCUUCGGUCCAGAGGUCAUGAGAAGCAUGGAAGAUAUCCAUGAGCAAUUUGGCCAUGGAGAGUCAUUCAGAUCCGUCGAGGUCAAGAAGAGAUCGACUAAGAGAUGGUGGUUGUCUGAGAAACUGCGAAAAUUCGUUCGGGUGGUGUACACGAGCAAGGUUUUCCGAAAGAAUAGGAGAAAUGAGCAUGGCAUUGAGACGGAGGAGAUCAGCGUGCAAACGACUCAAGUCGUGGGCAUUGCAAAGAAGCAAGACGAGCCAAAAGAAAAGUCGCCAGGGGAGCCGAGUCGGCAUAUGCACGACGCCAAACCACAGACUGGUGAGGGUCUCGCUCUUACAAUGGCGACAAGCCUGAAUAUCAUCGUUCAAGAGCCGGAAAGUAUUGUCGAAGUCGGAGAAGUGGCGAAGCAGCAGGAAACUACGGAGAGUGCCGAACAACAAAAACAGCUCGAGGACAUAAAACCAGUUGAGAACGCUAGCUCUACACAGGAAUCAAACACUAUCGACGCUGGUGAACCCUCGAAAGCAAGAAGCAAGGUCAUAUCCGACGUAAAGGACGCACAUGCCACGAAGUCGACAGAACUAGUGGUCAACGACCUCGUUGCUGGUUUAAUCGCUAGCACACAAGAAUUGAAAAUCCAGGAUGAACCAAAAAACAAAUCUACAGAACACAUAGUGGAGAUUGAAAUGAGCAAGGCGGGAGUAAUCACUGUUUAA